AUGGCGGACUGGGCUUCGCUUCCACCGGAGCUCGUCCAAGACAUCGCCUACUCCGUCCUCUCCACCACCGGCGGCGUCGACACGCACAUGGACAUGAGGGCCGUCUGCCCCAGCUGGCGCUCCGCCAUCGCCAAGCCAUCUCCGCACGCAGCGUUCGCCGACCACCGUUUCCGUCCACGGCACUGGAUCAUGGUGGACCUGAAAUCCAGGAAGCACGACCCCGACGCCCGACUCUUCCUCCACGUCCCCACCGGCCGCUUCCGCCGCCUGCCCCUCCCCGUGAUCCGCGACCACCUCGUCCUGGGCGCAUGCGAUGGGCUCAUUGUACAUGAAUUCACGGACAGGGAGCGCCCGGACAUGACAGGCAUUCGUGUCCUCAACCCCUUUACAGGAGGCAUGCUCCACUUUGCUGUGUCAUUAUGGGAGUCUGCUGAUGAACUACGUACGGCAGUGAGCGGCGGCCCUCGCUCGACGCUGGUGGUGUGGCGGGACUAUGAUUGGAGAUGGCGGACACUUCUAUAUGCCGAUCCAACCAGCGAUGAUUUUAGGGAGGAGGAGAAGACUGGCUUGUCCUGGGUCCAUAGCAUGGUUACCUUCAAAGGCAACAUCUAUUAUGCCGGUUCAGAUGAAGGUGUAUUCCAGUUUGUUGCGCCAGCAGAGCAGGGUGAUCAUGAGCCUGUGGUCAUAGCCAAGAUGUUGCCAGAUGUGGACAUCCAUUAUGCACGCUGUUUUCUCGUGGAGUCUGCCGGGGAACUGCUGGUCGUUCGCCAUGGGGACGAAGCCUUGAAAGUUUUCAGAGUCGACGUCGAGCACAAAUUGCUGGAGGAGGUCAAGAGCUUGGGCUCCCGUGCACUGUUCCUUGGCGGCGAGAGGUGUUUGUCAGUGGAUGCAGAUAUUUUUCCAUCAGUCGAUGCUGAUUGCAUAUACAUGUCUAACUGGGUGGAAACGCCAGAAUGGCGGGGGCGGUACACGCACGUGUAUAACCUAAGGGAUGGCACCAUGGAGAUUCUCUACACUGAGCCGAUGCUCCGUGCCAACAUCCACCCCCGACCAUCGUCUCCUCGCGACAAUUUCUGGGACCAACGUGGGAUCUUCACGCGUGCCAACAACCAUUGUCUACCCCCUCUCAGUCUUACUCAGGUCCUGCUCGACUACUGCAAUGACAAUACAUGCUUCUACCAUUUCAAUGAUUGGUGGUGA